AUGUUUUUCUCGCAGUAGUAUGAGGAUAACGAGCCAGCGGAUCUGAGUUGCAGUUACUAGCCCUGUCAGCCGACGGUUAAUAAGCCGAAAACAUCAGCAGCAAUUUCUCAGAAGAAUUCCGGUUUAGCGGCGACGAAGAAACCAUCUUUUCUGUCGGCGUUGUUUGUUUUUCUUCAUGGAGGAGUCGUAGGGCUGGAGUUUGUCUGAGGUCUUUCUGCUGUCCGUGGAUUACCACAAGACUCGACUCCGAAGCGCUGUGAUAUCUGUUUAAGAGUGAAAUUGUGGAUUAUGCGCCUGCAUCACGUGUGAAUAUCUGCGUUUUUUGGAGAUUGUUUGUUCCCCAGUUUGUUGGUAACAUAAACUCGAAAUUCAGUAAAGUCCGGACAAGACCAGCGGACACUUGUUGAAAUACAAUUUACCGAGAAAACCUUUGCCCAACUGCUUUGAGCUUUGCUAAUGUCAGUAGCGAGAUUUAGCUAACGAGGCUAACAACUUUCUCUAACAGCAGCGCUAAAUCCUUUGGCACAAAUUGUUUCUAAUACAGUACAGCCUGUUAGAUGUUGACCGAGACCGAGUGUCCACAAGUUGGUAGAGUGCGUUUGUCAAAAUUGUUGAGAUGUCACUGACAGCAGCUUAGCUAACUUUGCUAGCUGCAGCUGUUACUCGGCUCUCCGUUCACCUCCAGCGUUAUGUUAGCAAUGACAGCUAACGUUAUGUCAACGUUAGAUUCAAACAAGUGGUUCGCUGGAAGUGUGUCAAUAUGAAGUUACAUUGUGCCAUUAACUUACUUUAAUCAACACGCAAUUGUUCUAGAAAGUUAUUAAAGUUAACUUGCAAGCACAGAUAAUUUGCAAAGGCUUCAUAUACCCCGUCGUCUAAGCCUAAGAAGCCAACUUUUAUUAACAGGAGCUUUAACGUUAGCAUAGCUACGUUAGCUACUAUCCGGGCUUACAAUAACCCACUCAGCUCUGAAACUGCAGCCAGCCGAGUUGACUCUGAAUCAACUUUGGCCAACCAGUAAUAUGUUCUAUGCUUGUAAAACUCUGAUGGGCUCACUGAGAGACUUUGAAAAAUAGACUCCCAGCACCGUUUUCCACUUUUGCCCCCCCCCCUCCACAAGUAGCUGAAGUUGCAGAACUACGGCCCACACAAUGUCCGGCUCCCCGGGCACAGGUGGCUCAAACCCCAGGAAGUUCAGCGAAAAGAUAGCGCUGCACAACCAGAAGCAAGCAGAAGAGACGCGGGCCUUUGAACAGCUGAUGACAGACCUGACAGUUUCAAGGGUGCAGUUUCAGAAAAUCCAGCAGCUUCGCUUGUCUCAGCCACGGGUGCAGUACUACGGAGGCUCCCUGCCCAAUGUCAAUCAGAUCGGCAACGCCAGCUCUGAAUUUCAGGGUGGCUUCCCUUCAGGAUUGGACUCUGUCAGAGGGACCCGCCACCAUGGGCUGGUCGAGAGGGUCCAUAGGGACCGCAACCGUAUCAACUCUCCGCAUCGCCGACCCAUCGACAAGCAUGGACGGCAGAUGGAGAGCUCUCCUUAUGGAGCAGUGUACCUGUCCCCACCUCCGGACAAUAACUGGAGAAGGGAACAGCAGCCAUGGACUGAGGAAAAACGGCCUGGGUUUAGAUUAAUAUCACAACUCAACAGAACCAAUUCAGACUCUGCUCUCCAUACGAGCGCUAUGAACCCAAACCCUCAGGACCCCUUUGGCAUGAACCAGCAGAUGGGCCGAGGUCCCCCCCAGCGAAAUGGCUGGCAUGUAGCCAGUGUGAAUGAGGCAGAGGUGGAUGGCUCCGGAGACGUGUUUUCCUUCCCCACCCUGGCUAACGAGGAGAGUCUAAUAGGUGUCAGUAAGCCCCUUCCCAAGCAGCUGUGGGAGGCCAAGAAGGUCCAGUCUCUGGCAUCGAGGCCUAAAUCCUGUGAAGUGCCUGGAAUCAAUAUAUUCCCAUCUCCGGAGCAGAACCCCGGUCUGUCCCACUACCAGGGCUCGUUAAACACCGGCGGCUCCCUGCCCGACCUCAGCAACCUUCACUUCCCCUCCCCGCUCUCCACCCCGCUGGACCCUGAGGACAACGGAGGGUAUCCCAACCUCAGCGGAGGCAGCAGCACCGGAAACCUGCCGGCCGCCAUGAUGCACUUAGGCAUCGGCAACUCACAGGGACUCUCCUCCUCUCUGAGCAAUCCCUCAAUUCAGGCGUCCCUCAACAACUGUCAGCUGCAGUCAUCGCUCAGCAAUCCCUCCAUCAACUCAUCCCUGCGUCUGUCCAGCAAUUCCCCCCGGCGACGUCCCGCUCCCAUCAGCCCCCUUACCCUGUCUCCAGGCGCUGAGCAGCGCAGGGGUCUGGCCAAGCAGCUGUCUCCCACCAUGUCCCCUUCACUGUCCCCCAUCACACAGGGAGUUGCUUUGGAUACCAGCAACAUGCCAAGGGAGCCGCCCCCACCCUACCCACUCUACCAACAAUCCCAGCACGCAGUGGACCAGAGCCGACAACGCCAACAGCAACACCAGCACCAGCACCAGCAGCAGUCACAACAACAGCAGCAGCAACAGCAACAGCAACAGCAGCCUCUCUCCCCUCUUCAGAGCAUCCCACUGGACUUCAACACGAGCCAACACAACAAUAUGGCAACACUCUUCACUGACCCCUUCAUGGAGCCUCAGUUCUCCAAUCGCCAGAGCAAGACCCUCCCCUAUCAGUUGGACCAGUUCAGUCUGUUGGAAAACACAAUGAGCUCCACAGCAGGGGGUUCUUGCUUCGACCCUUCAUCCUCUUCCUCAUCGCUCUACUACUCUCAGGUUGCUCUCUCAGGACUGGGCGGCAGCCACGGCAGCCUGCACGACCCCAUGCACAUGAGGUCCAACAUGCUGUACUCCAACUGCAGCGGAGGACUACCCAACAUUAUACUCACCGAUGACUCCAACCCCAGUCUGUCAAAGGACAUCAGCAGCGCUCUCUCUACGGUGCCAGAGUGCUUCGACUCAGAGGGAGGCUUCCCGUUGGAGGACGAGCUGCGCAUCGAGCCCCUUAGCCUGGAUGGCCUGAGCAUGCUCAGCGAUCCGGACAUGGUGCUACCGGACCCAUCUGUGGAGGAUACUUUCCGCAGUGACAGACUCUGAAUGUAAAGAUUGUCACAGGUUUCAAGGAAGAACACACACACACACAUGGAUUUGCAGUGUAUAGAGUGUACAGAUCUGAAUAUGCAUGCUAACAAUCUCUGUAGGGCCACUGUGCAUGCAUCCACUGCCACUAAGAUUCAUUAAAUGUGAAAGACAUGAACACCGUGUACACAGUCAUGCACACUUUUUUAGAGGAGGCGACUUGUGAACAAACACUGUUUACACCUGCUUCAUGCAAAGUUACCCUCACACAGCUUGUAUUUGUCAGUCGUUAUUUUAAAUGAGGUGGAGUGAUGCAGUUAAGGGUUUGAAAUCAGCACUGGGAGCAGAUCCACAGGUCCAGCUCUGAGACCCUGCGUCUGCCCCUCCAACCAAAAAAGACUUGGACGAACACGUGAGACGAUACAGCGAGGAGCCCAAGUCGAGGAGCUUUUUUUCUCUCAUCACCAGCUCAUGGCCCCCCUGAAGCCAUAGCAACCUCAUCGCCAUGGUUACACACCGUAGCAACCCUGUUGCAGUGCUGAACAGCAGCAGAAAUGCCAACACGCAAUUUAUCUUUUUUUUUUUUUUUUUUUUUUUUUUACAGCUCCAAUAAUAUGAGUGAAUGGGAGCCCCAGCUGCAGGUCCUGCUCACAGCUGAGCAGUGACGUGUUGUUGGUGAAACAUCUGGCAGCCCACUUUUCUUCAGGUGAAGCAAAAUCCAGCUGUGUCGUGGCUGCUUCAUGCUCUCAAGCAAUCAUGGUAGAAAUGAAGACUAAAGGAAUUAGAGUUUUGUUUUCAAUGUAUUUCUUUGGUAUCAGAUUAUUUUUAAAAUGUUUGCCACCGAUUUAUAAAUAUAUAUGUACAACAUACAUAUACAAGCCUCACUUUCAGUCUGAUUAGAGUUUUCAAACUAGAGACAAAAAGGGCAAACUGUUUACAAAGAUGAGAUUUUAAUAAGUAAAUAUUACUAAAGAGUAUAGAUUUUUUUGAAUUUCUAAUUAAGAAAUACAAUUCUAAGAUGUAUUAAAUAAAUGCUAUAUUUUUCCGUGCGAUCUGGAUGGAUGGAUGCCCCCCCCCCUCUCUGUCAUAGAAGAGUCAGCUGUGAUUUCCUCUGGCAGAACUUUGACAGCACUGGGACAGUGUCAAGAUCCACUUUAAGAAAGGAACUUCACAUUUUUGACUUUUUUUUGUUUGUUUGUUUUUAAAAAUAUUUUUAUGUACAUUAAUUGCGUAUGUUUUAUUUUACAUUUUGUACCAACUUGUAAUGGCGCUUGUACUGUACUUUAAAUCUUGUGAAUAAGGGCAUGCGCUGUGCUACUGUGGAUCGAUUAUGUCCCAAAUAUCUGUUUGCAUCCGGCUUCCUGUCCCUGUGUUACGGCAGCACAGUAAACCCCCCCCCCCCCCCCCCCCUUUCUCUGUGGCUGAGCAGUCAGAUUGACUCACUCAGAGAGCAGACUGUGAUCAUGUGGACAUCGGACAUCAUGUAACAUUGCACUUAACCUUUUUUUUGCACUAAUUGGUUCACAUUGUGUAGACGAAUAGUUUUAUACCAGGUAAGAGUGUUAUGUUUUUUUUUUUUUUUUUUUGUUUUUUUUUUUUACCUGAUAACCCAAAGAAGUUGAAUGAAGCCAUUAAUAAGAAAAGUAGUCAUCGCACAUACACACAGUUCAGAACACCAGCAACAGGUGUUAGCUUUUGAGGUGAUGUGAGAAAACUGAUGACAUUUAUUUUCUGGGUUUGACCAUGAGCUCAUAUUUACAGUUGAUUAUGUAAUAACUGGGCCAUUUAGGGCAUUGAGUGCCCCCUAGUGUCUGUUUUAAUAAAGUCAGAGAGCUAUUUUUAAUAUUGAUUAUUACAAAGCAUUUGGAGCCGCUUCUGAUGUUGCUCCUUUUAGCUAUGCAACUUUUUUUCAAUUCAUGAGCGAAACCUGUUGAACAGGUGCAACUUGUACAUUAUGCAGCGUACACAAUGUGCGGGAUCAAAUUCGCUAGAAAUCACAAUAUUACAUGUGUCCAGUGUCCACAGUUAGUGUUCAUCUGCAUUGAACUGAUCGACAGUCAGAACAAGAGCGUUUGCAGUGAAUGAUUUAAUGGAACAUUUUUGGAUUGCAGGCAAAAUGCUGCAUGGCACUGUUUGUGUGUUUUCUUCCUUUUUUUUUUCUACUUGUCAGUCAGAAGGUGUAAUACCUGCACUGUGUGGACUGUGGGUUCUUUCAGAGUGUGUGAAAGAGAUUCAGUGUGAUUAUCUGUCAAAUACAAAAUGAAGAGAGGUGAUGGGGUUUUUUCACGAGGUGGUUUUAUAAGAGUUUAUAUUCAGUUUCAGCUGUUAUAUGUUUUUAUCUGCUCUGUUGUUAACUCUGUUAGACAGUGGGUAAGUGAUGGAGCCACUUUGCAUUUUGAUGAUAUUUUAGUUUAUUCCUGCCUCUGCCCCGGCCUGUUUCCUGCUGUCUAAACGCCUGCCUUCUGCUGCCUUACUUUGUUGUACUUUUCAUAUUCCAGCAGUAACCUGUAUCAGCUUAUAGCCACUUCCCUUUAGCUUUAGCUCUGUUUGGUACUAACUGCCCGUGAUCGUUUUCUGUCACGUAGUAUCACUGUUUCAUUUGUUUGUUUGUUUUUUUUUUUUUUUUGGUGUCUUACUUUUUUUAGUUGCAUAUUAAAAUGUACAGUUCUGUUAUUUAAAGAAUGUUUUUGUCCACUAGUGUUACUACUUUUUUUUGUUUUUUUUGUUUUGUAAUGUCAACCCCCCCCCCCAAGAUAUAAAAUUUUCUUAGUUUGUAACGUAUGUUAUAGUGCUUAUCUUUCUGAUUUAAUAUAAACAAUAAAACUAUACUGUGUAUGAA